GUGUACGUUUAUAUUUGACUGCGAUCUGAACGACUGUUUCUCUGAAUAUCUAUAAGAUUAAAGUCAAUCAGGAAUGAGGGCCACCAUCACAAUCACCAUCUUCUUCUCUCUCUGCAUGAUGUCAGGUCAGGUUCUGUGUUUUAAAGUGAUCGGCUGCUCUGGAGGGAGUGUGAUGAUCAACUGCAUGUAUAAGUCUGAUGAGCAACAUAACACAAAACCCCUGAACAAGAGAAAGCCUUCUGACCAGUUUAAAGGAAAGUAUUUCUGCAGAGACAGAGACUGUAGGACAGGAAUCAGUACUGAGACUCAGCACCGCUGGGUUUAUAAUGAGAGAUUCGCUCUGUAUGACGGUGAAAACAGAGGAUUCUUCACAGUGUUCAUCAGGAAGCUCAGCAGAGAGGAUGAUAGGAAAUACAUAUGUGGAAACAAUCAGGAAUGGAGUCGUGAUGUUGAUUUAAAGGUGAACAAAAACUCUUCUUCUUGUGGGACGUCUGUUAUCCGAUCUGCAUAUAAAGGUCAAACAAUCACUUUCAGCUGUGAAUAUGAACACAAGUUUGAAACACACACCAAAGUCUUGUACAGAGUGAAUGGAGAUCCUGUGUUUGUGCUGAAGAUCUCUCAAUCAUCACAAUCAUCUGAAGAGAAGUUCAUCCUGUCUGACAAUCAGAGAAAUCACUUUACUGUGACCAUCAGAGACAUUUCUGAAGAGGAGCGUGGAGUUUAUUUAUGUGGAGUGGAGAGAGACGGAGGAGAUACACCACCUUCAGAAACAUCAGUUACUCACAUAACCUUCAUUAAAGAGAUUCAGCUGAACGUUCAUCGUCAGAUAUCUUCUGUCCAGGUUGAGGCCUACAUCAGUAAAUCAGUCUUCAUCAAGUGUAAAUUUCCAGAAGAAUUCAAAGAAAACCAGAAAUUCAUCCAGAAAGAUUCAUCACAGGAGAUCUCUGUUAAACAGAAUCAGUGGAUCCGUCAUAAUAAAGCGCUCGUGUAUGAUGAUACCAGUUCAGGAGUUUUGAAGGUUUUUAUCAGUGAUUUAACUGAAGCUGAUGAAGGAACGUACAGAUGUGGAGUGAAAACUGCUGAUGAUCAUCUGUUCAUUAAGAUCACACUGAAGAUCAGUCAAGUUGAUAAUUUCCCUGAAUCAAGUGAAUCAGCUGCUGUUAUUGGUGAAAGUGUGAAACUCAGCUGUAAUUCCCCUGAGAAACAGCAGUCCAUCAAACACAUCUGUAAAGAGAACGAGCAGAAGAUCUGUCAGAGCAUCAGUUCAUCAGAGAAGCAGCGCUUUGAGUUUUCUGACAGUACAGCAGGAGUUUUUACAGCGAGCAUCAGUAAUGUGAGCCUGAGAGAUGCUGGAGUUUACUGGUGUGGAGCAGAAACCAGACACCAGCAUCUGACUUCUGUUUCUCUCACCAAUAAACAUCAACUGACUUUAACCAUGCCUCCAGUGAUCGGACGUGAAGGAGAUUCAGUCCAGAUCAAAUGCCCUUAUGAUGAAAAACACACUGAAGAAAAGUGUCUGCGCAGUAGAAAGUGUUUGAGUAAAGAAGUAAAGUAUCUGUGUAAAGGAAAGUGUUUCACUGAAGAUGCUCAAAUUAUCAUUCAUUCAGAUGAAGAUCAUGUUAAAAACCCAAGGAUUUCAGUAAAGGACGACACUGAACUCAAUCUCUUCACUGUGACCAUGACUGAGCUGAGAGCAGAGGAUGCUGGGAAAUACUGGUGUGCAGUGAAAGAUGUGUUUAAUCUUCCCAUUGAGCUCAUGAUCAUCAGGAAGGAUGCGGUCGCUCAUGAAGCGUCUGUCGGAGGAUCAGUGUCCAUCAGCUGUAAACACAUCAGGAAUCAAACACAGAGGUUUUUCUGCAGAGGAGAUCAGCUCAAUAUCUGCUUCAGAGACGGAGUUCAUGUUUCAUCAGAUAACAGCAGAUUCUCUCUGACUGAAGAAACCUUUACUGUGAAGAUCAGCGAUCUGAGAGCAGAGGAUUCUGGGAAAUACUGGUGUGCAGAGGAGAGCUCUGGGUCCUUCAUAUUCACUGAAGUUCAGCUAAAUGUGACCGGAGGUAAAACACUCUUAAACUAAAAAUUAAUGCUGAAUUACUUGGUAACUUGCCAAAACUGAACCGAAGAAUAUACUGCAAUCUUCUCAAAAUUAGAAUAAAAACAGAUUGUUUGAAAAUAUAUAUUUAAUGUAUAUAUUAAAUAUUUUGUGUGGAGCACAAAAUAUCUUCUUUUGUGCUCCACUGAAGAAAUAAAUUCAGACAAGAGUCAUAUGAAGUCAUGAUGCUGAGCAAACGAUGACAGAAUUGUAUGUUUGUAGUGUACUGUCUCUUUAAAUAAGCAUGUUGUGUAAAGUCUGCGUCAUCAGUCUGAUAUGUGUGAACAUGUGUGUGAACAGUUUUCACACUAGUUUUACACCACAGACCACUGUUUGUGUGUUUAAGUAAAGCAGAAAUGAAAGCUGGCUGUUUUUUUGUGUUUUACUACUGUAAGGUUCAGAAAGCAUUUGUAAUACAGAUAUGUUUCAUAUCACUCAUUUUAUC